UUCAUCUUCAUCUUCAUCUUCAUCCUCAUCUUUAUCAUCAUCAUCAUCAUCAUCAUCAACAUCUCCAUCAUCUUCUUGUUAUCUUUUCCCGUUCUCUUUCACCAUCAUUCAUAUUGUAUUGAGUUCUCACUCUCCAGUAAACUUUGAGAAGUGUUUAUUUCUUUCUGAUCAUCUUCAUGAUCUCCUCAUUAUCUUCAUCCAUCUUCAUCAGUAAACUGAAAAUUUCAUCAUCAGUGUCCAUUCAGAUGAUAUUUUCAUCUUAUAAUUUUACAAUUCUGUUUCUUUCGAGCUGAAAUAAAGAGUAAAAUAUAAAAAUAGUAAACAUGAUAAUGAAUUUACUCAACUAUCAACGUAACAAUCAUCAUCCUUACAACUUGAUACAUUUAAUUGUUGCAAUCAACUUAUUGAUUACAUUUACCUCUGCACGUCCGUUAAUCUUAUUCAAACAAUCACCACAAUCUAAAUCGUUCAUAUCAUCAUCAUCAUCGUCGUCGUCUUCGUCGUCGGUGCCCAUGAAAAAAACCAAACCCUUGAAGGAAUCGCCAAUUUUUUUCAUAACGACCCGACUCGCUAAGCCGAAACCCUUUGUGUCUUCAGUUUUAUCCUCAUCUUCAUCUGCAUCCGCUUCAGCAGUAGCAUCUUCCGCUGCCGCAUCACUAGCCUCAUCUUUAUCAUCAAUACUAUUCAAUAAACCACUGGUGGUGGAUAAUCAUGACAAUAAAAGUAAUAAUAAAGUGCUAAUCCAAUCAUCUCAAUCGCCACCAAGAAAAACCUACUACCAAUCAAUGGAUAAAAUAAAUAAUCCGACUAAUCUGUUGAGCUCAACAAUUUAUAAACUUCCGUUGAAAUUUAUUUCCAAUGCUAAACCAAUUGAUAUAAUUACAGGUUUCACCAAACAUCAUGGAGCUCAGGGUAACCUGAUUAACACCAAGUCUAAAAAGCCAACUCACCUGAAGAAACCAUCCUCAUCCAAUUUCAUUUAUCUCCCAUUGAAAUAUCAUUCAAACGGUAAACCAAGUAAAAUUUUCAUCAACAAGUUAACCCACAAAGGAUUAUAUUGAUUUUAUCAUAAUAAUAUCCAAAUAUCUUAAAGAUUAAGUGAACUAAAUUAACUUAAUUACCACCGGUGGAUUUACCAUGAAAAUGUUACUCAUACUCUAAUCGUAAAUUAUUAUUAUCAUUGAAACCAUAUACUCAUAUUAUCCUCUGUUGAAAACUAUUAAAAUCUAUGAUUAUUAUUGAUAUUUUUUUAAUGACUGUUAGUUUGAUCACGAAAUGUUUCAUAGCAUUUAAAUGUAAAGUAAAUAACAAUAAAUUUCAGUGUAUUUUUGUUUACCUAUUUAAAUGAA